UCAGAAGAAGAAGAAGAGGAUGAGGAUGAGGAUGAAGAAGAAGAAGAAGAAGAUGAGGAUGAAGAAGAAGUAGGAUGAAAAUAAGAAUUCCAAACCGGCAAAAAGUGUAUCUGCAGAGCUCCUCUAUUUCUGACAGUUCUCUGACAGUUCCUUCACAUGUACAGCGGUUGAAACAUUGUAUCUGUUUUCGAAUAAAAACAUCUGUAUCCUAAAUGGAAACAAAUAGAUACAAUGUUUCAACCGCUGUACAUGUGAGUGAACUGUCAGAGAACUGUCAGAAAUAGCGGAGCUCUCUGCAGGGACACUUUUGCCGGCUGAUCGGGAAAAAUCCGAU